AUGUCCGGCUUUUCCUCUAGACCUCUGUCAACACACCUCAGACAACCGUCUCUCGCGCCUCCUCAAGGCCAGUCGCCGGCUCUGCUGGCGCGGGUUAACGAGAAGAAGGCUGAGCUCGAGAACCUGAAGGAGCUUCGCGAUCUCAGCGCAGCUGUUGCUGCCCAGAUGGAGGCACUUGAGCAGAAGCUCUCUACUCUCUCUAGCGGGACUGAGGCCAUUGCCACGGUGUUGGCUAAUUGGCAUAAUGUGCUACGCGCCAUCAGCAUGGCAUCGGCCAAGAUUCCCGAACCAAAGGAGGAAACUGAGGAGAACACGGUUCCUCUUCCCCAGACUCUGGUCCGGAUUCCCACCGAGCACGCUCCUGCUCUCCAGGCCCACGCGGAGGGGGCGACGGAGGAAGAGUCGGGGCGAGGAUGA